CCUUAUAAAAAGCCGCCUCCACCUUUCCCCUCAAAACUCCUCGAUUUUUCCAUUUCACAGAAGCCAGAAAACAGCAAUGGUGUCUUUGAAGCUGCAGAAGCGGCUUGCCGCUAGCGUCCUCAAGUGCGGUCGCGGCAAGGUCUGGCUCGAUCCUAAUGAAAUCAACGAAAUCUCCAUGGCCAACUCCAGGCAGAACGUUAGGAAACUUGUGAAGGAUGGGUUCAUCAUCAGGAAGCCUACUAAGAUUCACUCCCGCUCUCGCGCACGUAGGAUGAAGGAGGCCAAGAGAAAGGGAAGACACUCUGGAUAUGGUAAGAGGAAGGGUACCAGGGAGGCAAGGUUGCCAACAAAGAUUCUUUGGAUGAGGAGAAUGCGGGUACUGAGGCGAUUGCUUCGUAAGUACAGGGAGUCCAAGAAGAUUGACAAGCACAUUUACCAUGACAUGUAUAUGAAGGUCAAGGGUAAUGUGUUUAAGAACAAGCGUGUCUUGAUGGAGAGUAUCCACAAAUCUAAGGCUGAGAAGGCGAGAGAGAAGACCAUUGCUGAUCAGUUUGAGGCCAAGCGUGCUAAGAACAAGGCCAGCAGGGAGAGAAAGUUGGCCAGAAGAGAGGAACGCCUUGCACAGGGACCUGGUGUGAAGGCAACACCCACAGCGGCACCCCAACAAGCCGAGGGAGUUAAGAAGACGAAGAAGUGAAUAAAUAAGGAAUAUGGCUAGACUUCAUAUGUUAAUGGCUUUUGUUUUCUUUAUAGGAGUUUGUUUGCGAAACUCUGGUUCCAUUUAUGUUGACACAUAUAACUAUAAAUUAGGGAAUUUUGGAAACCCGGGUGCUGUUUUAUUUAAUCAGGAUGCUUAUGAUAUUGAGUGUAUUAUUAUUAUUCAA